AUGGAAGCCAAUUUACAACAGCAAUUUUAUGGUAAAGUUAUAAAAAAAGCAGAAAGAGCAGGGUCAGCAGGCGCAUUAACUUUAGUUAGAAUAGAGUUGGCUGCUAAUGGAAGAAAAAUUAAUAGAUUUAUUAAGGGACCGAUCGAAGAAGGAGAUACAGUUGCUUUAUUAGAAUGCGAAAGAGAACAUCGCAAAUUAAGAUGA